CUAGCUAUCUCAUUCUCCUACUAAAUGGCUGGGAAGGAGGAUGUGGUUUCAGUGGAGCAGGAGGUGGUGGUUUUAGUGGAGGAGCAGCAGGAAGUAAUGGCUGGGAAGGAGGUGGUGGUUUCAGUGGAGCAGCAGGAAGUAGCUACUGAACAAUUUGGAAAAUCCGCGGAUGGCAGUGAUCAUUCGAGAACCUUGGCUGACUUAAAAUCCAAAUUUGGCCGAUUUCCAUCAUCACCGUCAAGUUCAAAGCUACAAUGUCCCAAGGUUCCAAAGAAGUUGCGAGAAGAUGUCGAGUAUAGAGACUACUAUGCGCCAAAACUCAUUUCUUUGGGUCCUUACUACCAUGGCGAAUCCAAACUCGAGAAUGGAGAAACGCUCAAGCUUAAAUUGGCAGAAGCCUACAUCCAAUUAUGUCAGUCGACAGUGGAUGAAAUUUACGGCACAAUUAGCCAUAGCAUUAAUAAGCUGAGGGGCUGUUAUGAUGCGGAGUCCACAAAGAAAUAUAAGGAUGACGAAUUAACCAUCAUGAUGCUGGUGGACGGGUGUGCUUUACUCUCUUACAUUGUUUGUGUUUGCUUAGGUGGUGACCAUGAAGAUUUCGAUAUCAGAUAUCAGGAUCUAAGCCUUCUGCACCAGGAUGCGUUGCUGCUGGAGAACCAACUUCCCUAUCAAUUACUACAGGAGCUGAUGAAGAUGAUGGGCGGCUCAGAAUCGGCCAAUGAAGCUUGGACAGUACUAUUCCAGGAAUUCUUUGGCAUGAUCGACGAGUCAUUCUUCCUAGAAUUCUUUGGUAUAAAGGAGAAGGAGUACUCAUUCCUGCCAAAAAUGAAGAAUUAUUGCUGCCGCCUGUUCCUGGCAAUCAUCCAAAUUAUUAACAGGAAACCAAAGCCGAAACCUGAUGAAGAGUCGGAGCCGAAACCUGAUGAAGAGUCGAAGACGAAACCUGAUGAAGAGUCGGAGCCGAAACCUGAUGAAGAGUCGAAGACGAAACCUGAUGAAGAGUCGGAGCCGAAACCUGAUGAAGAGUCGAAGCCGAAACCUGAUGAAGAGUCGAAGCCGAAACCUGAUAAAGAGUCGAGGCUUUGUCAUCAUCUCCUCGAUCUCUACCGAAGAAAUUUCCUAGGCGAUGAACGUUCUAGCGCAACGCAUUCGGAGGCUGAAAUUGGCAAGAAGGGUCCGGGAUCAGUUGGAGAUGUGAAGGAGCAGGUUAUGGCAUCAUUUAGAAAUGUGAAGGAGCUGAUGGACGCUGGAAUCCGCAUCAAGCGCAGUCCUACACGUCACUUGAGGGACAUUUCUUUCCGUUCAAAUGGGAUCACCGCAUGCCUGAGAAUUCCUCCCAUCACCAUUGAUAACUCAACCAAGGCUACGUUCUUGAACUUGAUAGCCUAUGAAAUGAGCUCAGACGUCGACCAUGACUUCAUCUCUUACCUUCGCUUCCUUGAUUCCCUCAUUGAUCAUGCUGAUGACGUUAAGGAGCUGCAGUCCGCCGGGGUACUCCAAAACAAUCUAGGCACUCAUGAAGAAGUGGCUCUAUUUUUCAACACGGUGUCCGCCAACUUGGAAUCCAACUUUCAUGCUUACAAAGAUGUGAGAGUGAGAAUUUGGAAGCACCUUAAAAAUCACUAUAACAGCAAACUGAAAAUGUGGAUGACACAAUUCCUGGACACCUACUUGGGUAGCCCCUGGACUAUUAUAGCUUGGGUUGGUGCUGCUUUGGCCCUUUUCUUUACUGCCGUCCAGACUUACUUCUCAGUCUUCCCUCAUUGAUGCAUGCAUGCCCUGUUUUCUCGCUAUCUAUUGAGUGCUUCUGCAUUUUACCUAGCCCAAAUUCAUGGACUCCAUAUAACUCUUUGAUGGUUGCAAAGUAAAUUAGGCAAAGAGUCAUUGGUCUCGUUUCUUUUCCAUUUCAGCCUAUUUUCUACCUUCCUUUCCGUGUGUAAAAAAAUAAAGAAGGAAUGUGUUCUGUGAUCUUAUUUUGUGCUUAUGUAUGCAUCAGUAAUAUUAUGUUUGAUUUAAGUAACUAAAAAUUGAUAUGGGUGUGGACUAUUUUUUCUAUGUUUGGAUCCCUAUUAAUGUAUUAUAUUAGGUUGG